UUGUCUGUGUCUAUGUGUCAGCCCUGCGAUGACCUGGCAACUUGUCCAGGGUGUACCCCGCCUUUCGCCCGUAGUCAGCUGGGAUAGGCUCCAGCUUGCCUGCGACCCUGUAGAAGGAUAAAGCAGCUAGAGGUAAUGAGAUGAGAUGAGAUAAUCAGUUCAAUUUAUAUAGUGCCUUUCUCACACCCAAGGUCGCUUUACAGUUAAGGGAGGGGAAAACAAAAAGAGAGAGAGAGUCCACCAAAAGAGAGUCAGGAUGUAACUCCAAUGGCGUAGCUACCACAGUCCCACCAGGUGCAUGAAGAUAAAUCCCACACCGCCUGCACAGCCACCGCGACAACGCCGGGUAACAUCACUUGGAACAUCACGCCAAGCACAAAAGCACCGCCACACAGAGUGCUGGAUAACCCUGACAUUAAAAAGAGCAACGAGCUCACCGCAGUCCAUAGCGAGGAGCACAGGUAUCACCCACGGCGCACCAAAGCUUGAAGGAAACGGACGCCAAAACUGGGUCCGGAGCUACACCACAACUGACGGACAAAACACUCAAACAAAGAACAAACAUCACACUACACAAACCCAAAAAAAAAAAAGAAAAAUUAAAAACUCUCAACCGGAAAUGGAAAUAACGGGAAUAACAAAGUCUUUGGUUUUGCUGUGGCCCGUAUUGUUGUGUCGGAGCCCAGUCUGGAGCCAUAAAAUUGUAGAGAUCAGCUGGUUUCCUGACUGGAACGAAAAAGCAAAAUAAAAGCAGCGUCAUGAAAAAUCCUAUACAGCUCUUUUUAAAAUGAAAUAAUUGUAGAAGCCUUUGAUUGUCGGAUCACACACUCGAUGAUCACGGCGAGUUUCUGCAUGACCAGGCUAUUAUAUGAUCCAAUAUUUCUUAUAUAUUGCGAUCUUUCAUUAAUAACUAGUUCGUAGCCCUUACCGUUGAUAAAAUGUUCACUGCAGACUCGCGUGGUUUUUGCUUUCUCAUUGCUGAGAUCAGCCCGGUUUAUGUUGGACCGCCAGUGACGUCUACGCUACGCCCUUGUUUUCUUCUCCUUGAUUACUUAUAAUUGCUGGAAUUCUAAAGUCCCCUUGUCUCAAACAGAAUUGCGCCCGCAUCCAAUUACAGCACAAAGAGUCGGCAUAGCGAAGAAACAAAAGGAAUUCUUGAGCGUAACGACCUCUCGACCGUAUCUUCUAUAGUAAAUGUGCACCGCGUGAGUUUGUGUAUAUCCUCCAACAUGGCCCACUUCCAGUUCAAAGCCUCAUGCAUAAUUAGCGAUGACAUCACAUGCAAACGAAGAAUAGCUGCAUUGCAUUGUGGAGCUUCGUGUCCGCCAUUUGCGCCAGCGUCUCCGCUACUUCUGUAUUGGAUUUCUCAUGAAUAUGACAUUGACGUUGCUGAGAGAAUGGUGAGAAAAGAAACCGUAGCCAUUUGUAUAUUAAAAAAAAAAUUGUGAUGUCAUAAAAUCCUGACGUUUAUUGUUGACUGAAAAUUGGAACUCGGCACAUGUCUAGCUUUAUUAAUUACUGCCUCAUUCAGGACGACAAAAAAAGCCGCCGACCAACACACAGUUAAAGCAAAUGGGGCGCACUUAGCAUGAUGUCAUUAUUGCUCCAGCUCCUGCUUCCUCUCAUCCAUCAUUACUGAUACUGGAGUGUUUGGGUGAAAUGUUCCUUCGAUCUCAACACACACGAACCUGAAGCUCUGUCCUUGUCCUUGCUCGAGCAGCUGCAGGAGAGAAAGACUCAGCAUCCGAAAUGAGAAGAAAAAAAAACCCAUCAACAAUAAACCGUGCGUUCUGUCAGGAAACAAACAAGAAGCUCGAGGUUGGAGGGAGGGAAUGGAUUGUUCGAGGUUUUUUCUUUCUUCCUCCCUUCCUUUACUCUCAAAUAUAAGUCUCAAAUAUUCAAAUGCCAUAUUAGAGAUUUUAAAAAAUUGUACAGGUUUAGUGUAGAUCAUAUAAGUUGUUUUUGGACCCUGGUUUCCAGCACAAAACACACAUCCAUCAGAGAGACAGGGUGUAUAUCUGGUCCUCUGACCUGUCAUGAAGAGUGCAGAUGUAUUCAAAUGUAAAGCAUUCAUUGCUACACUAAUGGCCCUUUUCCACUAGCCUUUUUCAGCUCGCUUCAGCCCGACACGGCUCGCGUUUCGACUACCAAAAAACAGCACGACUCAGCUCGCUUCAGCCCUGCUUAGCACCCAAAACUCGCACCGUUUUGGAGUGGGGCUGAAGCAAGCCAAACCGAGCCGAGUGAGGCUGGGGGCGUGAGCAGACACUCCCCUGUGCACUGAUUUUUGAGGAGGAGUGUCCUCACAUGCCCACACACGCCCCGCAAGCACGCUGGGAUCUGUAAACACUGUAAACCUGGAAGAAGGAGAAUUACGAAUUACGAGAAUUAUGAAGCCUUAUGCGCCUCGCCUCAUCUAUACGCUCUUGCCAGUAUCUGUUGGCGUUGUCGGUGACAACAAGCCACAGCACCAAGACCAGCAACACUAACGACUCCAUGUCCUCCAUGUUUAUUGUUUACUAUCCGGGUUGUGAGACUACCGCUUAAAAGGUCACUGAUGUCACUGUUUGCGCCGCCUAACGACAUCACCUGACGUCCACCCACUUUUGCUAACUCCACCCAAUGUGUCCACCCACUUCCAGCCAGCACGGUUCAGCGCGGUUGUAGUCGAAAUGCAACUCCAACAGCCCCGCUCAGCUCGACUCAGCCCAACUCAGCACGGCACGACUCAGCCGCGUUGGUAGUGGAAAAGCGGCAUAAGUAACUUUAAAAACGCACAUUGAUAAAACUUGCUGAAUUCGUGCUGAGUUUAUCUCAAGAAGAAAAGAAAUAUAUCACAAUGGAAAAAUAACUUCGUUCCGCCCGAAUAAGUUCCAAAUCUGUGCUCAAAUCAGAAUUUAAGGGAGUUGUACUCAAUAACGUACAAUAUGACUCGGGUAGUCAAUGACAUGGACAGGCUUUAAUUUUCAAACAAAUUUUGCAUACACUGUACACACACAAUCUUGCCUAUAAAUACCCGGGGGAAAUGAUGGGAAAAUUGUCAUUAUUGAAGAUGCCGCGCCUAAGCCAAAAUCAACGUGAACAGGCCAUCGGGAUGCUGCGUGCCGGAAGUACACAGACAGAGGUCGCCCGGCACUUCGGUGUUCAUCAUUCGACCAUUUCCCGUUUGAGUCAGCGUUACAGACAGACAGGGAGCACCAGGGAUCGUCCACGCCCUGGUCAGCCUCGAGUCACGACGCCAGUUCAGGAUCAGCACAUCAGGCUAGCUCACCUCCGUGACAGAUUCCUGACACCCUCAGUCACUGCUGCCGAGACCCCUGGACGACACAGACCCAGAAUCUCCAGCAUGACGGUCCAAACAUGGACCAACUGUCACUUUGAAUUUUUUUAUUGUGAAUUAAUUCUUGAGUUUGACAAUAAAUGUCCUUUAUCGAUGUUUCAAGAUGUGUGUGCAUUACAUACAAUAUCAUAAAUUUCAAAUAUAUGCAUGGAUCUAAAGUGAUAUCGUGUUGAAUUCCAUUGUGCGUUUUUAAAGUUACUUAGUAUAUAUUACAGAUAUAGACAGGUGACAAAGGAGGAAAAAAAAAACGUGGCUUUGAGAUGCUGUGGGGGUUGGUGACGGUGUUGGGGGGCAUUUAUUUAUUUUACUGGCAGGGCUUGGCUCUACUUGAGUCAUCUCCUUAGAAGAAAGUGGCGCUGCAAAUCAGUGCAAAUCUUAUCCUUUAUCCGACAAUAAAAGCUCUCUGUCACGAAGGGUGUGGUCUCUUCCAGGAUGGCUCCGCCUCCAUCUAUAGAAUGGCUGCAAUUUGUGGACUGUGGUUAUGUGGCAACUUUUAUUUUCUUGACGCCGCACCGCCUGCAGGGUGCCCGAGGUGCUAACGGGAUUCGGUCUGCGUUCUGUCCAUGCCUUUGAGGCAGAUGAGGUUAAGAGAUCUGACCAGCAGCCUCCGGAGCCAGAGAGUGAGGUUUGGCAUGGCCACGUCUGCUCUGCUGGAGACUGUCCAGAUGUGAAGCAUUUGACUGGUGUGUGUGUGCAAGAGAGAUGGCUUUUCAGUGCCUCUGGAGGUUUCCUCCUGUUGUCCAGGUUACUAGAGCGUGAGGAGGAGUUUGGCCAGCAGUUGUUGCACGUCUUUGUGUGCGAGGUGUCACUGUAACCUGAUUCAUGCUUCUCUCACUCUGAAGGACAGGACACUGAUUUGUCUCUUUGUGUGUUUUCAUCAACUGAGCUUUCACAAACCUGGGCUUUUGUGAUGAGUUCCUGGAAGAAACAUGAGUCAUGUCUGCGUCAGGAUUAAAGGAAGAUCUGUCUGCACUGUAAGUGUCCGCGGGAGGAUCAUGCUGUGACGGCCAUGCCUCUGGAAAUGGAGAAGACCGUGUCCAAGCUGUUGUACGACUUCCAGAGGAACUCCACGUCGGACGACGACUCAGGCUGCGCUCUGGAGGAGUACGCCUGGGUACCACCCGGCCUCAAACCCGAACAGGUUCAUCAGUAUUACAGUUCUCUGCCUGAGGAGAAGGUGCCGUAUGUGAACAGCGCUGGAGAGAAACAUCGCAUCAAACAGCUCCUGCACCAGCUGCCACCUCACGACAAUGAGGUGCGAUACUGUAGCUCCCUGGAUGAUGAGGAGAAAAGGGAGCUGAAGCUCUUUAGUAACCAGAGAAAGAGGGAGAACCUGGGCCGGGGAAACGUCAGGCCUUUUCCCGUCACUAUGACUGGAGCGAUAUGUGAACAGUGCGGUGGUCAGAUUAACGGCGGCGACAUCGCCGUUUUUGCGUCUCGGGCGGGUCACGGUGUGUGCUGGCACCCUCAGUGCUUCGUGUGCAGUACGUGUGACGAGCUCCUGGUGGACCUCAUUUACUUCUACCAAGAGGGUAAAAUCUACUGCGGCCGACAUCACGCCGAGAGACUGAAACCGCGAUGUUCAGCAUGCGACGAGAUCAUCUUCGCGGAUGAGUGCACAGAAGCAGAAGGCAGGCACUGGCACAUGAAGCACUUCUGCUGUUUCGAGUGCGAGACGGUUUUGGGUGGCCAGCGCUACAUCAUGAAAGAGGGUCGGCCGUACUGCUGCGGAUGUUUCGAGUCCCUCUACGCCGAGUACUGCGACUCCUGCGGAGAACAUAUCGGUAUUGACCAGGGCCAGAUGACGUACGACGGGCAGCACUGGCACGCCACUGAAGACUGCUUCUGCUGUGCACGCUGCAAGAAGUCCCUCCUGGGUCGUCCGUUUCUGCCCAAACAGGGUCAGAUCUUUUGCUCGCGGGCUUGUAGCGUGAACGAGGACACCAAUGGCUCGGACUCCUCAGACUCGGCCUUCCAAAGUGGCCGAACCCGUGAGGGCAGGCACAGCAGCUCCAAAUCCAGCAAGAGCAGCAGCAACAGUAACAGUGGUGGAAAGGGUUCUAGUGGGCGCUAUUCGGCUGACGUAGACCCUCUUUCCCUGCAGAUGGACCUGCUGAGUCUGUCGAGUCAAGCCCCAAGUCUGACCAGAGAACCUCCAUCCUGGAAAAAGCAAGCUGAUAGAUAUGGCUAUGAAGGUCGGAACGAAUCUUCUCCAUCUCCUCUGCAGUUGCUGAGUCAGUGUAACAUCAGAACAUCCUACACUCAGCAAGACAUCAGGCCCAAAGAGUCUGCACAGUCCAAGAGACCUCCUGCAUCUGCCCUCAAAGGACAUUCAUUUAAUGAGAACUGGCUCCAGCCAGAAACGGAUGACCAUCACUCGUCCGGACUGAAAGCGCAGGCGAGCUUUAACGAGUUGCCUUCCAGUGGAUUCAUGGACAAGCGCUCUAUCAGUAUGCAUGCCUUUCAGAGGGAGAGAGAGAGGGAACGAGAGAGGGAGGUUGCAGCUCAGCUGGGCCGCAGCAGGAACCCCAUCAGUGCACUUAGGUUUAGUGAACAGCUAACACCACUGGAGCAAACACCUCACGGUUCCAUGGAGUCACUAGCUCUGUCCAAUGCUACAGGUACUUCGGCAGAUGGUGGUGGUAAGAGGCAGGAGCAUUUAUCUCGCUUCUCUAUGCCCGACUUGAGUAAAGACUCUGGCAUGAACGUCUCUGAGAAGAGCAACAUGGGCACUCUGAACUCUUCAGUGCAGUUCCACAGCUCAGAAUCUCUCCAUAGCCUCACCACUGGACAGCCGUACCUGGAGAUGGAGCCACCCGUGCAGGUGAAAUAUCCACUUCCGUAUUCGCAGCAGUCUCCAGGAAUCACCAUUCUACCACCCGGCUUCACCUAUCAGGAAGAGGACAGGGUGAGUUUAAUAAGCAGCGCUCACAAUGCCCGUCUGGCACCUAUGAGUGAACGGACUCACCGGCGCGUCCUUGAACCGGAAGAGCCACCGAGACGAAGGCAUCAUCACCGGUCGCGUCGUUCACGUCGAUCUCGCUCUGAAAACGCACUCAAUUUGGCGGCCCAACAUCGUCCGGCGAUGCCAGAGCGAUCGCAGAUACGCGUAUGUGAGGAUUAUGAUCGGUUUCCUCCUCCACGUGGUCCGCGGGAUCCAAUUAACGGUGGGAUUAGAGAUUCCAGAUUGAGGCAGCAGCCUUUCAGGCCGUGCCCUCGCACCACCUCAGACCUUACACUUCAGAACCCGGCUCCGCAACGCCACAUGGGGCGCUAUGCCUGGGAUCAGUACGAUUAUGAUGACGACUGGUGCUCUACCUGUUCUUCAUCUUCCGAAUCCGAGGACGAAGGCUAUUUCCUGGGAGAGCCAAUCCCCAAGCCAGUUCACCUAAGGUAUAUGACCAGUGAGGAGUUACUGCACAAGUACAGUUCUACCGGACUCGUAGGAUCUGGUCACCUGGGAACUCGAGGACAGUUACACACUCGCAAACGUAGAAAAAGCAAAAACUGUAUUAUCUCCUAACAUACACCCCUGAUGCACUCACCUCCACUAUAACAAUUUAACAAUUCACUUGCCUCGCUUGAAUCUGCUUUUCAGUAUCGUGUGGUUGUCAGUCAGCGAUAUGCCGUAAGACAUGCUUUUGCAAACUUUUUCCCUUUGAUAUUCCUGAAUAAUAAUUUCUUAGAAAGGUUUCCCCCGGUCCUGCUGCAGCCAAUAUGCAACCGCGCUUAGUUUUAUUCCAUUUAUAUCCAGCACAGUUUUACGCCACUUGUUCUUGCUGUGUUUCGAAAUGAGUUCCUUCAGUAAAAUUCCAGUGUGUAUAUUAGUAAAUGAAUUAAUAAAUACACUUAAGUUAAGGAUGUAAAGUGAAGAUAAUGUAAAUGAUGUACCACAUAUUUUUAUAUUUUGUAACAAUAGAAUCGUUUAUGUAUUAAGUAUAAUGUAGAGAUUCCAUAGGAACGCAUGCAAGUUACUUUGCUGGUUUUUGUCCUGUACUGGAAAUUAAAAGUGCAUUUCAGCAAGUAGUUUGACUGACAGCUGUUGGUUCCGGAUCAUCCGAGCACGACACGGUCUUUGAAAAAUACACUCACCAUCUGCUUAAUGAAUAAAUGCAUUAGGACACAGCGAUGAGGCAUCAUCCGCCCACUGUUCCUCACACAAAGCUAUGCUGAUAAAAAUUCAGGUGAUUACUUCACCCUUGCUUUGACAAACAGUACUGAGAUCCAGAGCCGACUUAAACUGCUGGCACUGGUAUGAGCUGUGAUGUUAACCUUGCUGAAUAAAUAUCUCUCAAAAUGAAUUGGAAAUAUACUCUCACUGGCCAUUUUAUUAGGAACACCCGCCCGUACACCUACAGCUUUGUGCAGUUCUCUAAUCAGCCGAUCCCUUGACAGCAGCACAAUCAUGCGGAUACACAUCAAGAGCUUCAGUUAAUGUUCACGAUGUUCAAACAUCAAAACGGGAAAAAUUGUGAUCUCACAGUGAAGUGUGACUUUCUUUCUUUCUUUCUUUCUUUCUUUCUUUCUUUCUUUCACUGUGGCAUGGGUGUUGGUUCGAGCCAGAUGGACUGCUGGUUUGAGUAUUUCAGAAACUGCUGAUCUCCUCUUGGGGUUUUCACACACGACAGUCUCUCGAGUUUACACAGAAUGGUACGAAAAACAAAAAACAUUUUUGAGUGAGCGACCGUUCUGUGGGUGGAAACAAACACCUUGUUGAUAAGACAGGUCGGAGGGAAAUGGCCAGAUUGAGCAGUUCAGGCUGCCAGGAAGGAUAUAGUAACUCGUAUAAUCACUCUUUACAACCGUGGUGAGCAGAAAAGCAUCUCAGCAGAAAAGCAACAGCAGAAGAACACACUGGGUUCCAGUCCUGCAGCCAAGAACAGGAAUCUUUGAAUCAAGAACAAGUUCCUAUUAAAGUGGCCGGUGAGUGUACAGUAAAGUCACAAAAUACGUAUCGUACACAAGGAAAAUAAUCAACUAUGAAGUGGUUUUUCCCCACCUCUUCAAGCAAAGCAAUCGAAGUUGAUCAUUAAUUCCUGUUAUGUUCGAGCAACUAUAAACCUUCAUUCUCUCACCAACCUCUUUUUUCUUCUCUCUGUUAAAGAUAACAAGCCAAAAAAAACACAAAAUGCCACCUGUCAUGUCCUUAACUGUACUGAAGAUUUUUCUUUGACAAAGUGCUGACAACUGAAUCUAAACUCUACAUCGAGUACAUCAGCUUCACCAGAUUCCGUUUUUAUUAUUAUUAUUAUUAUCUCAUCUCAUCUCAUUAUCUCUAGCCGCUUUAUCCUGUUCUAGAGGGUCGCAGGCAAGCUGGAGCCUAUCCCAGCUGACUACGGGCGAAAGGCGGGGUACACCCUGGACAAGUCGCCAGGUCAUCACAGGGCUGACA